AUGCGGUGGAUUGGUUAUGUGACUGCUAUACUUUGGUGGUCAGGCAUCGCCAGGACCCUCAGCUCCAUGAAUCGAGGUUACAAAAUCAGUCCAAAGCCAUGCCGGGUGGCGGGCCAGCCGAACGUAGAGGGCACCUGCAUGUUCGUCUGGGAAUGCAUCAAGUCCGAGGGCACCCACGUGGGUGUCUGCGUCGACAGCUUCAUGUUUGGCAGCUGCUGCGUGCACAACGCCACGCAGAACAGCAUAGCCAUCGCCGCCGCCGCGGCGGCCGGCCAGCAAUACGCGACCAAAUCAACUAGUCACAAUAAUAGCACGUCGAAUCAAGCUCCAACGACUCGUCGACCGUCGUCCUCGCAAAACAAUCAGCACCAAAUGGCAUCGCGACCGCUUCAAAAGAAGCCCCACUCGAAGCCCGUCAGCAACGGCGGCAACAACAACGGCACCCGCAACAACAGGCCCGGCAACGCCAACUCUUAUCACCACUAUCAGCGACCGGACCAGGAGGAUCGACAGCAGCAUCAUCUCGCGCAUCACGGCAACGGCCAGUACUAUCAUCAUCAGCAUCACCAUCAUCAUCACUAUCAUCAGCAGUCGUCGUUCAAGGACAAGGUCUCGGGUGGCGGCCAGCACAACACGCUGCUGGUCAGGCUGCCCAACAACAAGAAUCAGGCGAGCAACGGCAAGAACCAGCGGCCCGGCGCCAGGCCCUACAACACCAGGCCCGACGAUCGCGACCAGGACGACCAGGAUCUCAGCGUGCAGGAGAGCGUGCAGAGGCCGAGCAUCAAUUCCCUCGACGACGAUGAGGCCAUGAACAAAUUGAACAAGCCGUCGAUGAAUCACAUCUACACGGAGCGACCACAAUGGGCGACCAAACCGUCGCAGCAGCAGCAGCAGCAUCAACAACAGUCUUACUCGCGACCGAACGACUACUCGAAGCCGCAUUUUUCGGCGAAAACGAGCAGCACAACGUCAACGAGCAGUACAACGACGACUACGACGACGACGACGCGACGACCCAUUGAUCACGCGACGACAAAAGUCACCGCCACGUCCCAUUAUUCCGCUCACUCGACCAGUGUGACUGCGGUACCGCAAACGGCCCACUGGCAACUGACGACGGAGCCGGCCUUCGUCACGCGUAACAAGCCAGCUGCGCCUUCCUCUUCCUCGUCGUCGUCGGCGUCGUCUUCUUGGAGCUCGUCGUCGUCGUCGUCGUCGAUGGCCAAACCGCAGCCACAGCACCAUAAGCCACACUGGUCGUCGUCGUCGGCGUCGUCCUCUACCUCGUUCGACGCUCAGCCUCAGAGGCCGAGUUACAAGCCCGAGAAUCACGAGAAUCACGUUUACCAGAAGCCGCACUCGGCUCAUUACAUAACUACGUCGUAUCUCGACAGUCCAACAAAAGCUCGGCCGACGAAGAAGACGCCGCAAGCAGCCGCAACUACCACAGCGGCUAUAACGACGACGAGUAGCCCUACCAGCAGCACAAGUAGUGCUUCUUACAUAGAGAAUGCAACUACGAGUACCAGCACUACGACAACGACACCUACGAUCGUCAAAACAUCAUUUCCGGAGUCAUCGACGACAAUGACGACGACGACGACGACGACGACUGGCUCUCCGCUGAGAACUGGCUCGGUCUUGACGAUACCCGCGGCCUCGGAGAAGAGCAGUAUGUCCUGCGGACUACCGUCGCUCUUUCCGCGACCCGAGACGAGGAUAGUCGGCGGCAAGGAGGCACCAUUCGGCAAGUGGCCCUGGCAGGUCUCGGUACGACGCACCUCCUUCUUCGGCUUCUCGAGCACGCACAGAUGCGGCGGUGCCGUGCUCAACGAAAAUUGGAUCGCCACCGCAGGACACUGCGUCGACGACUUGCUCACGUCGCAGAUACGCAUUAGGGUGGGCGAGUACGACUUCUCGUCGGUGCAGGAGCGGCUGCCGUACGUCGAGCGCGGCAUCACCAAGAAGGUCGUACAUCCCAAGUACAACUUCUUCACGUUCGAGUACGACCUGGCGCUGGUGCGACUGGAAACGCCGCUGGUCUUCGCACCGCACAUAUCGCCCAUCUGCCUGCCGGCCGCCGACGAGCUGCUCAUCGGCGAGAACGCCACGGUCACCGGCUGGGGUCGAUUGAGCGAGGGCGGCACCCUGCCCUCGGUUCUGCAGGAGGUAUCCGUGCCAAUUGUUAGUAAUGACAAGUGCAAAUCAAUGUUCCUCAAAGCCGGCCGUCACGAAUUCAUACCCGAGAUAUUCCUGUGCGCCGGUUACGAAGUCGGUGGUCAGGAUUCUUGUCAGGGCGAUUCGGGUGGCCCUCUACAAGUACGUGGUAAGGAUGGUCGUUAUUUCUUAGCUGGUAUAAUAUCCUGGGGCAUCGGCUGCGCCGAGGCCAAUUUACCCGGAGUCUGCACUCGAAUAUCCAAGUUCGUGCCGUGGAUCAUCAAGAACGUCUCGUGAGAGGAAUGACGACGACAAUGAAUUUUUUAUUCUGCUGGUAUAUUGUAAUGUAUAUCGUCGAUUGAAACACUUUAUGAUCGACCCCCCACGUGUAAUGU